AGGUGAGAGCUGGAAUUGUAACUGGAUAAAAUACAUUUCAAAGAAUGCGGCAGUUCAGAUGAUGUUAAAUGUGAUCCAUGUUUCUGCUAUGAAUGCUUGGUAAGGUAAAUGUUUUUCUUUUGCUUCUUUGUUCUUCCAAAAAGUGUGCCAGUGGUGAACUGUUAUACCUGACAACAUAAUACAAUGAAUAUCAGUCAACCCGGAAUGAGUGAACAUUCAGACUUCUGUUACGAGUCCUUGAAUGGAUCUUGCCCAAAAUUCACCUACCCAACAGUGAAACGGAUUCCAUUGUAUAUUUUUUUCUUGACCAUCAUUGUUCUAACCAUGUGUGGAAACCUCCUGGUCAUCAUUUCCAUCGCUCACUUCAAACAGCUGCACACUCCAACCAACUACCUCAUCCUUUCUCUGGCAGUGACUGACUUCCUUCUGGCAGUAGUCAUUAUGCCUCCUAGCAUGGUGCGAACGAUUGAGACAUGCUGGUAUUUGGGAGAUGUGAUCUGUAAAAUACACACAAGUACGGAUGUAAUGCUGUCCAAUGCAUCCAUUUUGAAUCUUUCUUUCAUUUCCAUUGAUCGGUAUUAUGCAGUUUGCCAGCCCCUCCACUACAAGACCAAGAUCACCAGUUUUACUAUAGCGAUCAUGAUCCUGAUCAGUUGGAACCUGUCGUUCCUCAUUGGGUUUGGUACGAUAUUUAUAAAACUGAACAUUUUGGUUGUUGAAGAUUUGAACUAUGAUAACGUUCAUUGUUUUGGAGGCUGUUUCUUUUUCUUGAGUAAAACAUCUGCUAUUCUAGCUUCAGUUCUGUCAUUUUUUAUCCCUGGGUUUGUUAUGCUGGUCAUAUAUAAGAAAAUCUUCCAUGUUGCCCAGAAGCAAGCCCGUUCUAUUCACAGCAUUGCCUGUAACAAUGUGAACUCUGAAAACAGCAAGAUGGAGCAAAAGGCUACAAAGACUCUGGCUAUCGUUUUGGGGGUAUACCUGUCAUGCUGGACACCCUUUUUUCUGUGUAACAUAAUUGAUCCAAUCAUUAAUUAUUCCAUUCCACCUGCUUUAUUUGACAUGCUUAUCUGGGUUUGCUAUUUGAAUUCAACUUGUAAUCCUUUUGUUUAUUCUUUCUUUUACAGUUGGUUUAGGAAAGCCUUCAAAAUGAUCAUUUUUGGCAAUAUAUUUCAAGCUCAUUCCUCAAGAACAAAAUUGUCCACAGACUGAAAACCUCCAGCUUCGACUUUGACUUAAAUAAAAUUUCUGCAAAAAGAAAUGCAAAUUAAAUAAAUGAAACAAAGUGAAUAAUAUGCAGACUUUACAACAUCAUAUUGAAAAGUAUAGCACUUUAAU